GGUCGUUAACGGUGAGCACAAAAAGCGCGGGAGGGUUUGCUUCCUGUGAGUCAGAAAUCUGAUGAAAGGCCAUUUCGUUGAAAUUGUUAACUCUUGCUCCUCUGGUAUAAGGAGCAGUCGAACAUUUCCAGUACACUGCGUAAUGUAAAUUCUGUAGCAGCAUUUUGCCAUUUAGGCGUUAGCGCUCGCGUCCUAGCAAAAGUGCAGAAAGUUAUCUGAUUUCAUUGCGAGAUCUUACUUUGCACAGAUUGCCCGCUAGUUUUGCUCAACACGGUGAUCUCACUGCGAAACUACUUCGGCCUGGGCUGUGAAAGGCGGGUCAUAGAAAUGACCCCGGGAAUGAAAGGAUUGAAGUAAGAGGAGCGUUUGAUGCCUGUACUCUUUGGAGUUUAGAAGAAUGAGGGGGGAAAAGUCAUUGAAACCAAUCUAAUAUUGAAAGACCCAGAGUGGACGUGGAGAGGAUGUUUCCUAUAGUGGCGGGGUCUAGGACCAGAAAGCACAGCUUCGGAACAGAGAUGAGAAGGAGUUUCUUUAGCCAGAAGUUGGUGAAUCUGUGGAAUUCAUUGCCACAGACAGCUGUGGGUGCCAAAUCAUUGGGCAUAUUUCAAGCGGAGGUUGAUACAUUCUUGAUUAGUAAAGGCGUCAAAGGUUACGGGAAGGCCCGAGAAUGGUGUUGAAUAGGAUAAUAAAUCAGCCAUCAGUGAAUGGCGCAAUUCUGCUCCUAGGUAUUAUGGUCUUGUAAAUAAUUAUUUUGUCCUUUCCUACAAACUCCUAUUCCAUCGCUCGCCAGCAGAUGUGCCCAUUGAAGCGCACUUGGAGGCGGUUCCCUCUGUAAUUGACAGCACAGCCCACCAAUGAGCCUAUGCUCCGAGUUUGGUACUCUCCAAUUAGGGGCCGGCGUUGUCCGGCCCUGGUGAUUGACAGCCACUGAUUGUCCCGCACCACCAGGUACGAUGGGUUGUAACCGGGCAGCUGCGAGUUGAUGUCAGAUUGGAACUCCUAAAACCUGUCCAAAAAGCGCCGCGUGUAAGUUUAUUCAAUGUACUGGAAGUCUGUGAAGGAGGCAAUCAUUUGAGCGAACUUUAUGAAUGUUUGCUGAAGUAAAUUUGGCAGCAAAAUCCAAUUUUGACCACGGACUUCGGCAAAGCGUCACUUUAUAGACAAUAAAAUGUCUUUUAAAGAGCAGCAUUUUAAAAUACUGGGGAAUUAUUUUCGAGAGCUUGGAAUAUUGCUGCUUGUGAAUUGUGCAGGCAUGUUCUCGGGAUGUGUGCUACAUUGAGCUUGCUGCUUGGAUAACUACAGAUUUGCUGCAUUUCUUGACAAACAAUUCCGAAAUUGAGCCUCGGCUGCAAAUAUCUAAUUGAUAUUUAUGUAACUGGCCUCUUGUGGGGACGAAGAGAGUUUGCUCUGGUCCCUGGUUGUAAGCAUGAGGCGACAAAUGACCAAGUCCGCAAGGAGGGUACAGCCAUGCAUUGUGUCUUUCUAAGGCAAUACAACUUUUAACUUGAUGGCUCCGAGUGAGUUUUCGUGGAUAAUGUUUGUCGUUAACCCACGGGCCUGCUUGAAGUUCCAAGCAAAUGUUUUUGACAGGAGCAGGUGCCAGAAUUGUUUCAAAGCCUUUGAUCUCCAUCGAAAAGACUGCGGUCGCGAUGACAACCAGCUGCAGUAUGGCGGUCCCGGCCCGAACCUGCACACCAGCGCAUUUAAGGAAGGGGGUCCACACUUCAUUUCUCCAGACUGGAAUCUCUACUGUGGAACCAGCCCCGAGGAGGUGACUGCCAGCUGGCAGGCGGAAUCGAGAAUGCACAAUCCAUUGACCAGUCAGAUCCGCAGGAAAUGGUCAGCGGACUCAUCCUCUCGGAUCUCGGAGUUAUCCAGUACGGCGGGGUCCAGGGGCUGCCUGUUAAGAGGAGAGUGGACACCGGGGUCCAAUGUCUCCACACUGCAGGGAGAGAGCAGGAACAGGGACCUGCACACCGAGAGUCCAACUUGGGCCCAGUCGUGCAGCAGAACCAAUUCAGUGGGCUCGCGGGCAGGCACAGAGCUGGUGAGCGCUGAGCGAGUGACUGGCCGCAAGCCUCGGGUGGAAAGUGGGUACUUCUCCUUGGAGCGAGCAAAGUCAGACUCUGUCCACAGCCAGUCCCCCGACGGGCGCCGUGCUGCAGAGGCCCGGAGUGCGGGAGGAGGAGGAGGGCUGCUCAACCUCGGCCGGCUCACCUCGUCCCAGAGCUCCUUUGAGUCGGGGUCGAGCUGGGGCACAGCCUCCACCGUGGGCAACCCGGAGUCCAGGCUCCUCCGCAGGGACUACACAGCACUGGCGGACAUCCCAAAGCCCAAGAGGAUCAUCGGCCGAGAGAAGCUGGAGCAGGACUGUAAACAACUGGGGCAGAGGACGCGGACGCGGAGCCCCGGGCGCGAGGAGGUGGAACGCUUGUUUGGGCAACAACGCAGGCCGGUUACUGAGGCAUAUCGUGACUUCAUCCCUACCAACGUGGGUAGAGCACAAAGAGAAUCUACGAUAUCCCAUCGCCUCGAGGAAGAAUCGAGCAUGAGUAAGGUCUAUCCCAGGAGAUUUCAACAGAAAGAGACCGACCGGGAAGGCUCUCAGCGGACUUUCUCCAAAAGCAGAAUGCGAGAUGCUUCCACAGACACUAAGUACGACGUGCCUGACAGAGGUGUCUCAAAACAGGCCUCCUCAUUCUCAAUGAAAAUCAACCACCGAUAUCUAACACAGCAGCGUGAUAAGGUGGAUACAAGGGUUUACUCCCAAAAAGAAGAACUGACCAUCUGCACUAAAUGUUCCCGCUUUGCUUUGGAAGUUAACAAGGUAGAUGGAAGGUUUUCAAAAGAAGACUCAAGUUCAUACACUGGAUAUCUGCAGUCUGCUGCCAAGGUUGAAGCAAAUUUCUCCGAACGGACUGCUCACCGAGAGAAUGCUCGGACUUUCUCCAGGAGUGAUCGGGCUGAGAGAGGUUUACCUAAUAGGUACAUCUCCAACUCGCUGAACAGAGAUGUCCGUCAGCAGGGGACCGAAAAGGACAAGAAGACUGACAGAGGAUUCUCAAACAGGGCCACUUCAAGCUCGCUGAACAGAGACGGCCAUUUGCAAACAGCCAGCAAGCACAGUAAGCCAGACCUCCUGAAUUUCAAGAAGGGCUGGAUGUCCAUUCUGGGUGACUCUGGCGAGUGGAAGAAACACUGGUUUGUUCUGACAGACUGCAGCUUGAGAUAUUACCGAGACUCCACAGCGGAGGAGGCUAAUGACCUAGAUGGAGAGAUUGACCUGCGGAACUGCAGCAACGUCACUGAGUACCAGGUGCAAAGGAACUAUGGAUUCCAGAUUCACACCAAGGAACUGGUGUACACCCUGUCGGCAAUGACCUCUGGGAUUCGGAGAAACUGGAUUGAGGCUCUCAGGAAGAAUGUUCGUCCAAACUCUUCGCCCGAUGUGACAAAGAGGAACAGUUGGAUGAAAACCCCACCUUCAAAAGCCAGUUUAACAGACAGCAAUAAGGAAAACACUUUCCGUGACGUGAUCACCAGGAGGACCACAGGGAGACAGGAGGCGGCAUCUGCAGAAAGGACGUGGGGGAGCCGCAGGGCAGAUGGCCAUGAGCAGCGUCUACCCGCGCACGACUGCGUGGAGCUGGAGCCCGUGCAGCAGCCGUGCGCACCAGAGCCCGCGGACUCGCGCGUGCAGGAUCCCACACCGGCCAGUACACGCAUCCCAGAGCCCGCGCUGCUGCGCGGACAGGACUCAGCCAGGGCGGACGAGCUGCAGCGCGACCAGGCGCAGCGGAUCACCGAGCGGAGCAGGUGGUUCGAGUCCACGGCCCCCAGCGACGGCCCGAGGAAGGAGACGGACUGGAGCUUCGAGCCCAUCCACAUCCCCGAGGCCCUCAGCAAGGACAUUGAGGUGAAGUGGCAGGAACUGGAGCGCAUUCCUCUGCGGGACCACAAGCAGGUCCCCCUCGUCUGCGUGCGGCCUUCCCCCUCCAGGCAGAACGACAGCGGCACCUCGGCGACCACGGAGCGGCUGGAGAAGGAGAUCUCCACCCUAAAUCAACAACUGGAUGAAACCAGGAAAGAGCUAGAAACUUUCCGGGAGCAGAGUUUUCAGCUGCAGGGGCAGCUAAACGCAUCCGAGGACCUGAAAAAGCAGACGGCUCCUAAAGGCUUCAUCUCUCAGGCAACCUGCGAGCGAAGCUUUAUGGAGAUGGAGAAAUCCCACCAGAAGGCGAUGGAGGAGCUGCAGAGGCAACACCAGCGGGAGUUGGAGAGGGUCCAGCAGGAGAAAGAGCAGCUGCUGUCUGAGGAAACCAACGCCACAAUCGCCGCCAUCGAAGCAGUGAAAAAGGCACACCGCGAAGAGCUGGAGAGGGAGAUGGAGAAAAUGCGCUGCACGCAAAGCAUUGCGGCCAACAGCGAUCUGGAGAGACUGCAUAAGCAGCACCAGAAGGAGCUGCAGGUGCUGCAGCGGGAGCUGCAGGUGCUGUCGGAGCAGUACUCCCGCAAGUGCCGGGAGAUCGACUGCCAGGUGAAGGAGACCCAGCUGCGGGAGAAGGACCUGUCGCGGAGCCAGCAGGAGAACAAGGAGCUGCUGCGGCAGAACCAGGAGCUGAACAGCCAGUUGCUGGAGGAAAUAGCACGGAUACGAGAGCUCGUUACAGGGAAGAGCCAAGAUAGCACAGCCACUUUACCUGUGACAGGUGACAGAGACAGCUGUGAACUAGAGAUGUUGCUGCGGGUGAAGGAGAACGAAGUGCAGAAUCUCAGGAAGGAAACGCUGUGCCUACGCGAUGAGCUUCAGACCGUGCAGUGGGAUAAGAAGUACGCCACGGACAGGUACAACGAUAUUUUCGUGGAAUUGAGCGUCAUGAAGGUGAGAACGGAGCGUGAGCUGUGCCAGGUGAAAGAGCAGCUGAAGCUGGCACUGUCUGCACUGAAUGAGAAGACGACUUUACAGGACAGCGGCAGAAAAUAACGGCUCCCCCUUGGCCUUGCCACAGAGGAAGAGACCCAGCGAUGAAGCCUUCAGUCCCGGCCGAAGGCUCGGAAUUACCUGUGGAUGCGGAGGUGCCUGGAAGACUCGCUCCGUGCCUUUCUUCUGGUCCUACUGUUUAAUAACGGCUCCCAAUGUCGAAAUUGCUGUGAAAUUAAAACUGAGAAUAUAUAUAUAUAUAUAUAUAUUAUGUAUACACACCGGUUAGCAGUUAUCACCUGUUCCAUUCAACCCCUCAUCCAUCCUAACCCCUCGCACGGUUGCCGUGGUAUCCUGCAACCACUAGGCAUUGGCCUGCUUUUCCGAUGCGUCCGAGUCGGCGGCUGUGAAGACCACAGUGGCUCUGGGCUGGGAUUCCCCACUCCAGCGUCUUGGCUUUGUACUGGAAGGUACACAGCCCAUCCUUUGGCGCCAUAGCCAGUUCCAGCGUCCAGGGUGGCCAGCUCGAGCUGGGGCUGUCUCCAGAGCUUGUCUUCCCUCGUUCCGCCCAGCCCGCCACCCCACCCGCGGAGCAGCCGGUGGGAAUGGGCAUGGACACACUGACCCAUCACCACGCUCUGUUUGCAGAGGGAAUCAGGAGUGUUCUACCUGUGUGGUGGGAAUUCACCCUCCCUGCCGUACAGAUUUCUCGAACUUGUCAGUUCAAAAGGCUUUGUUCCUCAUCACCCCCCCGCCAGCUUUUUAUGACUGUCAGCAUUGAACUUCAACGCCCUGAAAUCUUCCUCCCAGCUGAUCCUCAGGGCAGCUUCCAGGGAGUGAACCAGCCUUCUCCUGGAAAUCCCGGGAUGGACAGGCGGUUGGUGACCCGAAAUGGGAAUCAGCUCUGUUUAAGCAGGAUGUUCAGGGGGUUCAUUCAGGACCCUUCUCUCCCCUCCUCCGCUAUCCAAGCCAAGUGACGAGUGGCUGAGGAAGAAAGGAGGUGUAUUAUUAUGUGAGGUGCUGUGGCAGAGUCCAGUUCAGUCUGUACCCUGCCGUGCUAAAGCUUUGGACAGAUGCACGUGAUUUUUUCAUGUUCGUACAUGUGCUGCAGCCCGGAAACUUCCUCUACCCUGCAGGUUUAGCAGACAAAGGCAUUCACACCAUCAAGCCCAUUCUACCAUUCAGUUUGAUCCUUAGGAUGAGCGGGGAGGAGAAACCACUUUCUCCCAUCUCACUUUUCAAAAUCCUUGAUACGCAUAUCCAAUGGGACUGGAUGGAUAGGGUAUAAGGACACCCAGGGGUGGGGCAUAUCCAAUGGGACAUGGAUGGGCAGGGUAUGAGGGCACCCAGGGGUGGGGCAUAUCCAAUGGGACAUGGACGGGUCGGGUAUAAGGACACCCUGGGGUGGGGCAUAUCCAAUGGGACAUGGACGGGUCGGGUAUAAGGACACCC